CGAAGAUUGAUGUCACAACAAACUGGUCAAACAGCUGUUCUUUUUUUCCUGACCAACAUAAUUUUUUAUUUCAAAACCAAGAGGUUAAUUCCUACAUUUGAUACAAUGCACAGGCCAACAGCAGAAAGGCUUGCCACUUUAGCAUUCCAACAAUUUAGGCAAUUGCCCAAAACUGGAAAACCUAACACGAACGAAUGGACAAUUCUUUCCGCGAUACUAUUGUUUGAUGCGAAACAAAUUUGUACAAAAGUGGUAGCAAUUGGUUGUGGCACAAAGUGCAUUGGUAAAAGCAAACUUUGUAGUCAUGGCCUUAUUUUAAAUGAUUCACAUGCUGAAAUACUGGCCAGACGUGCCUUUCUCCGUUAUAUUUAUUACAACUUGAAACAAGCCUUAAAAUCCAGCUCAGUGAAUGAUACAAGUAUUUUUCAAUGGGAUCCCCAAAAUGCAGUAUUCCGACUUCGUCAGAAUUUAAGUUUUCAUUUUGUAAGCACACAAACACCCUGUGGUGAUGCUUGCAUCCAACAGCAAGAUCAAGAAUGCUUAGAGGGGCCUACUGCGCCAAAAAAUUGUAAAUUAGAGACUGAUAAUACAAAAAAAGACACUCCAGGACUUGAUAACGUAGGUAACGUUCUGGAGCAUUCUCCAACGGAUGCUGCUGUUUACACGGGUGCAAAAUUAAUCGGCUUAGAUGAAAAACAGGAUCCAAUGCAACAAAAAAUCGGUGCUGUACGUACAAAGCCGGGUCGCGGUGAUCGUACGCUUUCCAUGUCAUGUAGCGAUAAAAUGGCACGAUGGAAUUUGUUAGGUGUACAAGGCUCACUGUUAGACGCCCUACUUGCCGCACCUAUAUACUUGGAAACGCUAAAUUUUUGUGGUAACUCAAAUAAUGCGGAAUCUAUAAGACGCGCAAUAUAUGAACGUUUUAAUGAUAGUAUAUUCACAUCUACCAAGUAUGAGGUACAAAAACCAACAAUAAAUUUUUCCGAUAAUAUGUUAUUCGACUAUGCAGAGAGCACUGAUCGGCUCAAUCCAUCGCCCACUGGCCUUUCGUGGUGUAGUAUUCCCGAGGAACUGAAACCAUAUGAAAUAUCAGUAAAUGGCAAGCGCCUAGGUGUCACCAAGAAAAAAUUGGAUACACCGCAUGCUUCACUAAAAAUUAGUAAAUAUCAUUUGAUGCAUGAAUUCGUGGAGGUUUUACGAUUAGAGUCGAAACUACUGGAGAAAUAUAACAUUGAUGAAAGUGAACUACACAAUUUACAAUAUAAACAGUGUAAACAAAUAGCCAAGGAAUAUCAAGCAGCUUGGUCGGCAGCGAAGCAGAAUUACUUUCAACAAUGGACACAGAAACCAGAACAUUUGUUAGGAUUUACCUUGCAGAUGAAACAAGAUUGAACUCAAAUAUUAACACUAAAAAAAGAACGAUUUCUACCGUUUUUGUUGACCCACCACAUAUACUCGAUAAGUAUUUUUAAGUGAAAUUUAAUCAAGUAAUUUAUUUGUAUAUAUGCAUUUGUGUAUAAUGCCACUAAGUAUUGAAUGUUUGUAAUAAUAAAUACACAAUUUUUAGGUUGGUUUUA